AUGAGUGCAAAACCAGACCCAUCGUCAGAGACAACAUGUCCAAGUGCACCCAGUGAAGCAGAAACAGCCAACCAACUCCCCAAGCUCACGCCCGCAGAGUUCCGCGCCUAUAAUCGAUUAGCAGAGCACAUGGACUACUUUCACGCCCAUUUCCGCAGCACCUGGGACCAACUCUACACCGCAUGCUGCAAUAACAAACGCCCCUCGGGUGUGUCCAUCCGCCAAUUUCUCAACAUGGGCUCAGAGUUCAUAUCACAUCUAAACACGCACCACAGCAUCGAAGAGCAAUAUGUCUUCCCCAUGCUAGCAAGUAAAAUGCCCGAGUUUAGACGCGGUGUGCAUUUACUAAACCAGCACAAAGAAAUCCAUAAGGGGAUGGAUCGGCUAGAAGAGUUUCUGGAGGCGUGUCGCACGGGUGAGAGGGAGCUCCGCUUGCAGGAAAUGAAGAGUGUGUUGGACUCGUUUGGCAAGGUGCUCUGGGAGCAUCUCGAUGAUGAAGUCAGGACAUUGGGCGCGGAGAAUAUGAGGAGGUAUUGGACGCUGGAGGAGAUGAAGCGGUUGCGCAUGUGA